GAUCCAUAAUCACGUUAAAUACUGCCUCUGAUUUGUACCUAUCUCAUUUCACACAUGUUUAUUCUUCUUACCUCUUUCUUUCUUUCUUCUUGAUUUGGGAGUAUUUUCUUCCUUAAAUUUACAUCAAUUAAAUUCACGUCAAUCACAUGAAUUGAGUUAAGUGGAAAAAAAAAGUGUAACUAAUUUUGUGAUUCAAUAAACAAUUAGUUAAUCAAUUAUCUUUGAUCUGAUGCAUUAUGUCUUCCAAUGAUCGCACAUCAACUAGAAUCCAUGAAGUGUUUCUAAGUUUUAGAGGAGAAGAUACUCGUGCAUCAUUUACUUCACAUCUCUACGCUUCACUUCAAAACGCAGGAAUUACUGUUUUUAUAGACGAUGAUUCGCUUGAAAGAGGAGAUCAAAUUUCAACAUCAAUUACUCGAGCAAUCGAACAAUCUCAAAUUGCUGUUAUAGUUUUCUCAAAAAAUUAUGGAGAUUCACGAUGGUGUCUCGAUGAAUUGGUGAGAAUCACCAAGUGUCGAAGCACCAUAGGUCAAGUUGUUUUGCCAGUGUUCUACGGUGUAGAUCCAUCGGAAGUUCGUCAUCAAACAGGUGAAUUUGGAAAAGCGUUUCUAAGUUUGUUGAGUAGACUUUCAAAUAACGAACGGAGUUGCAAUCUUUAUGCAAAAAAGACAAACUUAAAAUUCGACUUUUCGAAUUUGGUGUUGGAACAGAGAUGGAUAGGGGCACUUCAAGAUGCAGCAGGGCUUGCAGGAUUUGUUGUGCAAAAUUCCAGGAACGAACAGGAGGCUGUCAAGGAUAUUGUUAAAAAAGUUACAGGUUUGCUAAACAAGACAGACUUGUUUAUUGCCAAUAAUCCAGUGGGAGUUAGACUUCGUGUACGAGAUAUGAUACAACUGUUGGACAUUCAACAAUCAAAUGAUGUUAUACUACUAGGAAUGUGGGGCAUGGGUGGCAUUGGCAAAACAACCAUUGCAAAAGCCAUUUAUAAUCAAAUUGGCCGCAGUUUUAACUAUAGAAGCUUCCUUGCAAAUAUUAGGGAGAUAUGUGAACAAAAUGUUGGGCAGGUGUCUUUACAACAACAACUUCUAUUUGAUACUUGUAAGGAAACAAAAACCAAGAUACAAAACAUUGAGGCAGGAAAAAUUAUAUUAAAGGAUAGACUUCAAAAUAAAAGAGUACUUGUUGUUCUUGAUGAUGUGAGUACAUUAGAUCAAUUGCAUGCUUUGUGUGGAAGUCGUCAAUGGUUUGGUUCGGGGAGUAAAAUAAUUAUCACAACUAGAGAUAUGCAAAUACUCAAAGGGGAUAGAGUUGACCAAAUAUAUAGAAUGAAAGAAAUGGAUAAAAGUGAAUCAGUUGAGCUUUUUAGUUGGAAUGCAUUCAAGCAAGCGAAACCCAGAAAAGAGCUUGCUGAAUUUUCCUUAGAAGUUGUCGAGUAUUCUGGGGGAUUGCCGCUAGCUCUCGAAGUCCUUGGGUCAUAUUUGUUUGAUCGAGGGAUACCUGAGUGGAAAUCUGUAUUGGACAAACUCAAAUUAAUUCCAAAUGAUCAAGUACAGAAGAAAUUAAGAAUAAGCUAUGAUGGUUUAAAAGAGGAUACUGAAAAAGAAAUAUUCCUUGACAUAGCUUGUUUCUUCAUUGGGAUGGCCCGAAAUAAUGUUGUACAUAUAUUAAACGGUUGCGAACUUUAUGCAGAAAUUGGAAUAAAUAUCCUUGUAGAGCGAAGCCUUGUGACUGUUGAUGGUAAGAACAAGCUUGGAAUGCAUGAUUUGUUGCGAGAUAUGGGAAGGGAAAUCAUUCGUGAGAAAUCACCAAAGGAUCCUGAGGAGCGUAGCAGAUUAUGGUUUAGUAAGGAUGUACUUAAUGUACUAUUAGAAGAAACCGGAACAAAGGUUAUUGAGGGUUUGACUUUGAAGUGGUCCAAAACUAAUGUAAAAUGUUUUAGUACUAAAACAUUUAAGGAGAUGAAGAAACUCAGACUACUUCAACUUACUGGAGUACAACCAACUGAUGGGGAUUUUGAGUACCUUUCAAAAAAAUUGAGAUGGUUUUCAUGGAAUGGAUUUCCUUUAAAAUACUUACCUACAAGCUUUUAUCAAGAAAAUUUAGUUUCCAUUGAGUUAGAAUAUAGCAAUAUCAAAUUUUUGUGGAAAGAAUCUCAGCGGCUAGAUAAUUUGAAAAUUCUCAAUCUUAGUCAUUCUUAUUAUCUCGUACAAACUCCAGACUUUUUAAACUUGCCUAAACUUGAACAACUAAUACUCGUAGAUUGUCCAAGGUUGUCUCAAGUUUCCCAAAGUAUUGGACAUCUCAAUGAAAUUGUUCUUAUAAAUUUUCAAGACUGUACUAGUCUUAGAAGCCUUCCAAGAAGUAUCUAUAAGUUGAAAUCUUUGAAAACUCUCAUUCUUUCUGGGUGUUCAAUGAUUGACAAGUUGGAAGAAGACAUAGAACAAAUGAAAUCUUUAACCACCUUGAUUGCAAACAACACUGCAAUAAAAAGAGUUCCAUUUUCAGUAGUAAGGUCAAAAAGCAUUGGAUAUAUUUCUUUGUGCGGCUAUGAAGGAUUUGCGCGUGAUGUGUUUCCAUCUAUCAUUAGGUCUUGGAUGUCACCAACAGAUAAUCUCUCAUCCCAAUUUAAAAAAUCUUCUAUCAUGUCAUGUCUUGUUCCUUUCAAUGUAGCACAUAGUAGAUCCCACGAACUAUCAUCGAUUUUCAAAUACCUUCCAAGUCUUCGAAGUCUUUGGGUGGAGUGCAGCUCAGAACUUCAACUUUCUCAAGAUGCAGCCAUAAUUUUGAAAGCCUUAUAUGCCUUAAAUUAUAAGGAUCUGAAACCAACUGAAACUACAUCCAAAGUAUCAAGAAAUUCCUUGAAAUCUAUUUUCAUUCAAAUGGGAAUGAAUUGUCAAGUUGCCAAUAUUUUGAAAGAGAAAAUUGAACAGAAUAUGCUUGUUAAUGGGCGUGGUAGGUUUUUGUUCCCCAGUAAUAGUUAUCCAAAUUGGUUAAGCUUCAAUUGUGAUGGUUCUUCUGUAAUAUUUGAAGUUCCUCAAGUGAAAGGGCAUAACUUGAAGUCAUUGAUGUGCAUUGUUUAUUCUUCAACUUCGGAUAACAUAACAUCAGAUGGCCUUAAAAACGUGUUGGUGAAAAAUUACACAAAGGCCACAAUUCAGCUCUAUAAGAGAGAAGCAUUAGCCUGUUUUGACAAUGAGGAGGGGCAGAGUGUAGUAUCAAGUAUAGAACCUGGAAACAAGGUGGAGGUUGUUGUUGUUUUUCAGAAUGGUUUCAUUGUGAAUAAGACAAUAGUUUAUCUUGUAUAUGAUAAACCAAUUGGCAAAAAUGUGGAGUUGUGUCAUGUCAUUGCUCGUAAUGGUGAUGAAAAUGAAUGUGCUUCCAAGAGGAAAUCUACUCAAGACUUCAAUAAAAAUAGAAAGAUUGGAAAACAAUGGUUGGGAAAAAAUCAAUUCUUAUGGUGGCUGCAAAUCUUUAUAUUGGCAACAAUUGUUUUCUACUUUUUGCUGAAGUUUCUUGGUAUUUUAUCUCUAAUUAAUAACAUUUGUUAAUCCUAAAGAAAGGUGAAUUUUUUUAAUUUGUUCUAUUGCGAUUCUUCCUGGUCAUCUUUAGUUUUUCACAAGUAAUUCUAAUUGUAUUACCAACUUUGACAGACAAGUACUCGAUUUUGAAUCUUAUUAUAUUGUACUUAUAAACAUUGCUUUCAUAUUUA